CUUUAUUUAAGUGCCACAGAUUAAUACUAAAUGAUUGCUAUCUUUUAAAUUCCCGAAAAUGUUUCCGCUUUGCGACGGGCAUGCAGCCAUCAGCAAGGGUAUAUAAACGACGAGGUCAAACACGUUAACAUAAUUUGCACAGACUCAAGCAAGAGGGAGCACACACUCAAUCAAUCAUAUUUACGAUUUCAAAAGAGAAACGCGAACUAUGAGAGCGCUGUUUUUGUUCCUUUUCGUAUCCAUGGCCGCAGUUGACGCGUUCUUCAUAAAAGAUAAACGAAAGAGUCAAUCCAAUCCCCUGCAGCCUCACGGAGUACCAGCACGCAAGACCCACAAGUCAAUCCUAAAAUACGUUGUUCAGUUGUACACGGAAAUCAUGAAACACGAGAAGAAAAUAAAUCUACAAUGCAUCUUUCCCAAAAUAAUGAUGAAGAAGAGGUCCAUCAAACUCAUCUUCAAAAACAACAGUUUCAAAGGAGCGGAAAAGGGUUCCAAGUGGAUGGAGGACGAGUUGCGACUUUUCAUGAUGAAGACGGCGAAGAGACACGUGACAAUGUCUACCAAACUGUAUUUGGUGAAGAUUUUCGACUUGUACAGUCAAAGGAAGAUUAACGUGUUCAAGUUUUCGACGAAGGAGUUCGGAUGGAAAACGUUGAAUAUUUCAGAUUGGAGAAGAAACCAUCCGCAGAAAGAUAGUCGUGGUCGUGUCGGAAUUCGAAUUACCAUUUCCCUCGGAAAGAGAGAGCUGAACAUAAGUGAGACAGCAUUUCGAAAGAUGGAAAAAAAGUACCCGCCGUAUUUUAUCGAGUUCUAUAAAGAAGUGAACGACGCGGUUCGCCAAGAGGAAAAAAGCGACAAACUGCAAGCAUGGCAGAGGAAAAGAAACAUGCCCGAUGAGUUGAACCGAGCGGAUGAUGAUUAUUAUAUCCCAUUUCAUAGGUACACCUUAAGUCGGAGUCUAGAUUGAGACGAUCAUUGACGUAGCUACAUCUUUCUUGACGAUUGACACAUCAUAAGAGCCUGAUAACAUCGUCUCAAACUGAAAACUUUCUCAUGUCUGUCUAUAUUUUAUCAAGUUCUGUUGAUCUACUUAUACUUAUCCAACAUGUUAUUUUUAUACGUAGAGCGCUGUGAUAUACCGCUAUAUGAUGUUGUAUAUAGGUUGAGUACUGAGAGAGGUUUGGGAUGGGGGUGCUCUCAUUCCAGCUCUAUAAAAAGACCGCCUUCCUCCAUUCAACAGUUUCGAUAGCGAAGGCGACGCAGUGUACACGUGAAAACACGAAGAAUAUCAAUUUUAAAAUUGAGAAAAUUCUUAACAAGUGCUUAACGAAUAUUUUGGACUUCAUAUGUGUAAAAAUAAAUUUCUGUCAAUUUCUCAUCAAAAUAAAUAUAAUCAUUUUAAUGGA